ACUUGUCAGGCAGUGCACAGAUGUUUUGAACGAAUGGUGUGACUAGGGGCGGUUGACGAAAAGUCCCCUCAGUUCACGAUUGGAAAUCCAAACCUGUCCUUUUCAUUUCCCUUCUUUUUCAUGAGAACAAAAGGGGGAAAUCGUGUCACGUCUCGGGAAGCUUUUCAACAGGUUAAGAUAUUCUUGCGCUCGUUUGUUUUAAGUUUACCAGGCAAAGAACACGCCCAAACUAUUAAUGAGGUGGGCUUCCCGAAAGAAAAAGUAGCGGCCAUUAGCCGCGAAAAAACCGAAAGAGCUCAGCAAAAAUCAUGUGAAAAUGACCAGCGGAUUUUCAGACAGUUCUGUGAAAACACCUCAAUUCAUGGACUGAAAUAUUUGUUUGAAGAUGGAAGUAGGUUUUUUGAAAGAUGCGCUUGGUUGCUGGUGUUUUUAUCCGGUAUCUGCUUCUCGGGCUACUUUUGUUGGCAAAUGUGGGAAAAAUGGAAACAAUCUCCUGUACUGACUUCCGUGGAAACGCAACUUUACCCGCUUAGUAAUAUUUUCUUCCCAGCGGUUACAGUGUGCAACGUCAACAAAGUUUCGAAGAUAAAGCUCCAGGAUGCACUGAGAAAUCCCAAGUAUGCAAAUGUUUCGUAUUCCGAAAUGCAAUUUACCCUAAGGUACAUGACAAAACUAGACCGCGCUAUUAAUAACGAAAAGCCACUAAAAGAGCUGAACGAGUUUUACAAAUCACGGAACAUUUCUGCACUUGAUUUAUUCAAGCUCUUGGAGGAGACGGCACCUUCUUGCUCGGACAUGGUCAUGGAUUGUAAUUGGUUGGGACUUACGAAACCGUGCAUGGAACUCUUCUCGUUUUUACCUACGGAUGAUGGAAUGUGCUGUACGUUUAACAGUGCAAAAUAUUUCGAUCCGAUGCUUGGCAUUCAGUCAAGUGCAAAUGAACCUUUACGAGUCAACGGUAACGGGUACCGAAUGGGGCUGAAUUUGGUUAUCGACGCCAAUGUAGAAGAUUAUAGUGUUACUACCGGAAAAUUCGAUGGUUUUAAAAUAUUAGUGCACGCACCAGAGGAAUUUCCUGAUGUAGCUGACAGGGGAUUUGUGAUAGGUCCUGGUACCGAAACAUUUGUUGCUGUUAAAGGUACCACGUCCUUCAACACCGAAGAGGUCGCAAGGGAAGUCGCCCCAGAUCAGCGCCAGUGUCUGGUGGAAGGUGAAAAGAAAUUGAAAUAUUUCCAGCAUUAUAGCCGGUCUGCUUGCAUGGUCGAGUGUGCUACACGAAUAAUGCACGACGAUUGCCAAUGUCGUCCAUAUUUUCUUAGAGGAGGCAACACAUCCCGUUUGUGUGAAUUUACGUCAUACACUUGCAUAUCAAACGUUUACGAGGAUGUUCGUGCAAAUGGAAAUAAAAUUUGCGACUGUUUGCCACCCUGUACGGAUAUUAGAUACGACCCAGAAGUAUCAUACGCAUCCUUCCCUGGUCGCGGAUUUAACCUGACACGCACAUUCAAACGUUUAGUGGAAAAGCGAAACCUGAGCUCUGGUACGGAUGGAACGGAAUAUUUCAAGACGAAUGUGGCAAUGUUCCAUGUUUAUUACAAAGAGAAGACAGGAAUGCGCUACAGAACCGACAUCCGCUUUGGAAUUGAGGACUUUAUUUCGGCCAUGGGUGGACUCCUGGGCCUUGGCCUAGGUAUGAGCUUCAUCAGCGUGAUCGAACUAAUCUAUUUCUUCGUCGUUCGCCGCUUUUUCUUGCGGCAUCGUAUUACGCCAGACCAGACGUUAAAAAUUUCACAUACGCCUGGUUCUGAUGAUGCAAGAAAAGUGUGGCCUUCCUCCCAAACACUAUCGUCGGUCAUGACCACCAUAGAACCAAACGUAGAUGGACAACGCGGCCUCCAACUAGUUCGCCGGGGUUCACUUAACUUACCUGCGCAUAUGCAAGCACGCCUUUACAAAUAUUGAUGACUCUCCGUUUCUGGUUGAAGAAAAAAAAAUCCAACGUGUUGUGCACUGAAAAAAAAAAUCAAAAUCUGGUUCCAAUAGAGCAAAUAGUCAAUGGCUUUGAUCAUUGCCUAUUGCAACGAUACCUGAUAGAUUUUUUGCUAAUUUUAGCCACACUACCUGAUUUUUUUCUCUUUUUGGAAAGAAGUUCCAAUGUUCAUGUGCCCACGACGUAUUUGCGUAUUGUCAAUAAAGCUCCUAUAUCCAUUUGUUGCCAGGACAACUGCAUCUAAUCAGCCGUUUGUGAAAUAAACCGUAUAAC